AGAAUAAUCUCCCCAUCUCCCAUCAGCUGGUUAGUGACCUUAAAUCCUCGGGCAAAUUUACUUUCCCCUUUGCCACGUAACAUGGCCAGUCCACGGUUUUAGAGGGAUCUGGAUAUGGACAUUUUGUUCUGCCCACCACAUCCAGUGAGGUCACAAGGGCCUCUGUGACGUCAUUGUGCCCCGGUACCCAAAUUUAUAAGCUGGCCCUCCCACUUGGUUGCUGGAUGGGCAAAUCUGUCACCAGGGAUUUGAACUGGGUGUCCUGACCCUCCGGCUCCCAUGGGAGAUCAGCCUGAGGAAGCUCAGAAGCCUUGCUUGAGUGUCCAGACCCUGUUUAAGAGGGUCAAGGCCUUGCUCACCAAAGCCCCAUCUCCGAUCCUGCCCCCACCCCCCUCCCGGAAUCCAGGCUGUACACAUGUGUACGGGUAUGUGUUUGGGCACGUGCAUGAAAAUGACCUGGAGCAUCUCCCAUCACAGCAAGUGCUGGACACAGGAGAGCAGCUGAUGGUUCCCGUAGAUGUCCUCGAAGUGGAUAACGAGAGCGCCCUGUGGAAGUUUCUGCUCUCAGGGGCCAUGGCUGGGGCGGUAUCCCGCACAGGCACAGCCCCUCUGGACCGAGCCAAGGUGUAUAUGCAGGUCUACUCCUCCAAGACUAACUUCAUGAACCUGCUGGGGGGGCUCCGAAGCAUGGUCCAGGAAGGGGGCUUCCGCUCCCUGUGGCGGGGCAAUGGCAUCAACGUCCUCAAGAUUGCCCCUGAGUACGCCAUCAAGUUCUCCGUCUUCGAACAGUGUAAGAAUUACUUCUGCGGAGUGCACGGGUCCCCACCCUUUCAGGAACGUCUCCUCGCUGGCUCCCUCGCUGUGGCGACCUCUCAGACGCUCAUCAACCCCAUGGAGGUGCUGAAGACACGGCUGACCUUGCGCCGGACAGGCCAGUACAAGGGGCUGCUGGACUGUGCGAGGCAGAUCCUGAAGCAGGAGGGCACCCGUGCCCUAUACCGCGGCUACCUGCCCAACAUGCUCGGCAUCAUCCCCUACGCCUGCACGGACCUGGCCGUCUAUGAGAUGCUCAGGUGUUUCUGGUUGAAGUCAGGCAGGAACAUGGAGGAUCCCAGUGGCCUGGUCAGUUUGUCAUCGGUGACACUGUCCACGACCUGUGGCCAAAUGGCCAGUUACCCGCUGACACUGGUGCGCACCCGGAUGCAGGCCCAAGACACUGUGGAGGGCUCGAACCCCACCAUGUGCGGAGUCUUUCGGCGGAUCCUGGCCCAGCAGGGCUGGCCAGGGCUGUACCGAGGCAUGACUCCCACUUUACUGAAGGUGUUGCCAGCAGGUGGCAUCAGCUACGUGGUGUAUGAAGCCAUGAAGAAAACCCUGGGUGUAUAG